ACGUUUCACUGUGUUUUGAAAGAGGACGACACGAAACGAGUGAUGAUGUAUUUUCUAAAAUCGUUUAUUAUUUUAGGAGAUGUUUCGCGUGUUCUCUCGGUUUCCUAAAACGCAAUUAUAAGUGUCAGUAAGUGUGAAAUAUAAAAAUAAAUUAUUAUUAUGUGAAUGGUGUUACGUGGAGUGUGUGAUUUGUGAUAACUGUCAAGCUCAGCUGGCUGCCCCACGAGCGGUAAAAAAACUCCAGUUUUUCUGUAGAUUACGGGUUACUCUUUUUGUGCUCCAAUUCCUCAAGGUACGCUGCUUUAUUUUGUUCUAUUGUAUUCAUUUUUAACGGGACUUUGGCCGUUUAUCUCUUCGAAAGUGAAUUUGGGUAUUUUAUUCUAUGUUUUGAUUCGUUAUUUUUGGUUUCCUCAUGAUAAUGAAAGUAUUUUCGUCCGUAGAAAGCUUUCAUAACUAAGAUUUACAACAACAACAUUGGCCGUGAUCCAGAUAGCGCGUCCCAUAUUGCGCGGGAACUCGUGUUAUUUAUAGUAGGCCGACCGCGCGAACAUUUUAAACCCGCUGUUUUACGUACCUAUUUAUUUACACCGGUGUUAUUGUCAUUCAUAAAAUUAUCGUAACUUAGGUAUCCUUUAAACCCCUUCCCACAUUUAAAUAAAGAGGUUUAAACCUCUUUUGGCUGCUAUGAGUGUGUAAAGUGUGAAAAUAAAAAUGAGUGAACCCCAAGAAGAAAUUGUUGGAUCAUCAACAACACCUCCGGUCGAAAAUGCACCACCUGAAGCAAAUGGAGCAGCAUCAGCAGCCUUCAAGCCUCCAGAGUCUGCGCCACAGCGGCCCACCUCGCUGCCCAAGCCGUCUGGACUGAAGCCGCCGUCCAAGAUAGGCCGGCUCUGCUCCAAUUCAGCUCCCAAGCCAGCUGUGCCUGCCUCACCACGAACAGACGGCAGCACAUCCGACUCGGUGAGGAAACUCAGCGACGACUUGUCGAGGAAACAUCUGUCUGCGAGCAGCACGUUCAGCGGCACCUCCAUGGACGCGCUCUGGGAGAAGCACCCGCGCCGCCUCAGCGAGGCCGGCCUGCGGAGGUCCUCGGACCAUAGCGUGGUGUUGACGGAGGACACUGACAGCUUCAUAAUCGGGGAGCGGGUGUGGGUGGGAGGCACCAAGCCCGGCCAGAUCGCGUACAUCGGAGAGACACAGUUCGCUCCUGGAGACUGGGCUGGGAUUGUUCUGGAUGAACCUAUCGGUAAAAACGACGGUUCAGUAGCCGGCCACCGCUACUUCCAGUGCUCGGAGAAGCGCGGCGUGUUCUCCCGGCUGACCCGGCUCACCCGGGUGCCGCUCGUCUCCCACAGCACCCGCGACGACGCCUCCCCGGUCUCUGAUGCCGGGAGCGUGUUCGAGCGCCCGCCCUCGGGCAUGGCCCGGGCCAGGCGAGCGCUGUCGCCUAAUGGCAGCAUACGCAGCGUUGUCAGCAGUAAAAUGAACGCCUCGAUCUCGACAACGACGACAAGUAACGAAGUGAGGCUCGGCGACCGAGUGAUCGUGUCGAGCAGCCGCGGCAGCAAGGCGGGCACGCUCAAGUACGUCGGAGUCACGGACUUCGCGCCCGGAGUGUGGGCCGGCGUGGAGCUCGACGACCCGCUAGGGAAGAACGACGGAUCUGUCGACGGGAAAAGAUACUUCGAGUGCUCGCCGCGCUUCGGCCUGUUCGCUCCGAUAUCCAAAGUGUCCAGGUCUCCAUCGAACCGCAAGCCUGGCCAGUGCGCUAUACACAGCAAUGGCCGCCAAACGCCGAUCCGGCGCUCGAACUCGCGAGAUUCCCUGACCUCUAUGGGGACGUCGAUAGCUUCCUCUCGUAUAGGGGUGAGGCUCGGGACCACUCCGCUCGGCGCUCAGAGAAUGAGCGGUCCGAGAGCCUCGUCCACCCCGGUGAACGCGAAGAACGCGCUGCAGGAGUUGCUCCGUGAGAAGCAGCACCACCUCGAGCGGCUGAUGCGCGAGCGCGAGCUGGAGCGCUCCGAGGUGGCCAAGGUCACGCUGCAGGCCGACCGCGCCGAGACCGCGCUGGCGCAGAUCAAGAAGGAGGCCACACAGACAAGCACAGAAAAUGAGAAACUAAAAGCGGAACUGGACAAACUGAUCAAACAGUUGGAAGAUGAACGGCAGAAGGUGGAAGACCUCAUGUUCAGGAAUGAAGAGGAGAACAUUAACAAGGAAGAUUAUUAUAAAUACAAGGAAGAAAUGGAGAAAGAGCGAGCAGCUCAAGACCUGCGCAUCCGCGAGCUGGAGGCAGAAGCUGUCCUGCAGCAGGCCAGAGCCGACGCCGCCGCCGCCACCCUUCGAGCACUCGAGGACACCAGGGCCGCAGAGGCAGCCGCUAUUAGUGAACAACAUAGGGAGGAGCUGACCGCUGCACAAGCUCUGUCUACCGAACUUCAAAAGCUAUUGGAUGAAGCGUACGCGCUGCUAAAAGAAAAGGAAUCGGAAAAGGAUUCUCUCGGUAAAAGUAUGACCGAGGAAUUAAGCAAGGUGAAGGCUGAUUCAGAAAGAGCACUCAAUGAAGCCAAGAGUAAAAUAGCCAUCGCACAGACGGAAUUCGAAACGCAGAUUUCCGUUAUGACUGCUAAACUGCAAUUGGCCGAAUCAAAAUUGGAAUCUGAGAAACAGAAUGUGGAACGAUUAAAUAAAGAAAACAGCCAAACUAUUGUAGAUUUAAAUACUAAGUUAGCGCAGCUGCAAGCAGUUGUGGAUGAUAAAACACACGAAUUAAAUAAAGUUCUGGGAUCAGGCAAGGAACACGAACUGAACCUGAACAAAGAGAUAACUAAACUGAAGAUGGAACUCAGUGCCAAAGUUUUAGAUUUAGAACAAUUGAAUGACACCCAUAAGAAGCAAGAAGUUACAUGCAAAGGUUUACAAGAAGAAAUUGCACGUGUCAAGGAAGAAUAUUCGACGAAAAUAAAUGAAUAUGAGAGUUUGUUGAACGAAGCAUCACAGCAAAACGAAAAGACACAAUCAGAAAUUAUGGCUUUACAGCAAAGUCUUUCAGCUAAAACCAAAGAUUAUGAAAGAUUAUUGAACGAGUCCAGCACAAAUACAUCAUCAACAGAAAAACUUAUUAGUGAAUAUCAACAAACCAUACAUGAACGUGAUAAAGAGAUAAUUAAAUUAAAAGAUGACUAUGAACAAGAAACAGCGAACUUCAAUAUAAAACAUAGUAAAAUAGCCGAAGAACAUAAAAAAGAGAUUGAUGAUCGUAACACAAAAAUAGCUGAACUCGUCAAAGAAAUUGAAAGCCAUAAGAACGCACUUGAUCAAAGCAAAGUUGCAUUUGAAACACUCAAUACGCAAUUUAAUGUAAAUGCAGAUGAAUUGAAAUCCCUGAAAGAUGAGAACGAUCAAUUAAACAAAUCUAUUGCUGAGUUAACACAAGCUAAUAAUGAGCUUAAAGCCAAAGUAUCCGCUAUGGAGUUGGAGAUCGGUGAACACAAACGGCAGCUUGAAAGUACCGUGGAAAAAUGCAAUGAGUUACAGAAAUCGAAAGAAAAGAUUGAAUCCGAAUACAUGAAUCUCACAGGUCAAGCUACCGAUUCGAAUGAGCAAUUCAAUCAACUUACACAACACUUGAAACAAACAGAAAAGGAGUUGCAAGAGCUGAAGGAUAAGCAGAGAGAAAAUGCUAACAACCACGGAAGAAUAGAACAAGAAUUAAAGCAAAAACUUUUCAAACUUCAAGAAGACUAUGCAGAAGAACGGGGGCAGCUUGUUAGAUCAGCUGACGAUAGUAUGGAGAAAUUGCAUGCUACAGAAAAUAAGGUCAAAGAGUUUGAAGCUCAGGUAAAUGAACUUAAAAAUCUUAUUAAAGAGCGCGAAAGUAGUAAUGAUAAAAUUAUGGAUGAGAAUAAUAAUCUUAAGAGGGUAAUUGAAGAAUUGAAAAUAAAAGAAAAUGAGAUAGCAUCUGAAUAUCAGUCGAUACGGAAACAGAUGGAGACUGAAAUAGAGAAAUAUAAAGAAGAAGUUUCAUUACUCAAAGCUGAAGGUGCCACAUCGGAAGUCAAACUGAUGGAAAAAGUUGAUCAGCUGAUUGAAGCACAAAAUGAUCUUAAUAAUAAGUUGGAAGAAUCCAGACAACAUGAAGAUGCGUUGCAAAAGGUGGUCGAUGAUAUGACAGCUAAAAUGAAUAAUCAAAAGAGCCAGUAUGAAAAUGAAAUUGCUCAAAUCCAAUCGCAGCUAACUGCAGUAAGCGGCGAAACAAAUAAUCUUAAGACUGAGGAAACCCGACUAAAAGAAUCUUUACAAGAAAAAGAAAACCAGGUUAAAGAUCUAACACUUAAGCUAGAAAUGUUACAGGUAGACGUGACUUCUAAUGUAGAAAUAGUAGCAGAAAAAGAUCGUCAAAUAACACAAAUAAAUACAGAGCUCAAUGCGACUUUAGAAAAUAAGAAGCAAUUGGAAGAAAAACUUAACAACGCAACAAUGAAAAUAUCAGCAUUAAAACAACAAUAUGAAAGCCUUAUAGCAAAUUCUUCCGCCGAAGAAUCACUAGUGAAGGAACAGCUUAAUCAAUUGGAAUGUCUAAGAAAAGAUGUUGCUAUAAUUACUCAAGAUAAAACGGCGCUCGAGUCAAAAUGUGCUGAAAUAUCCGAAUCCUUCACUAAACUAAAUGUUGAACAUGAAAGCACCUUAAAACAACUUAAUGAAAACAUUCAUAACAACACUGAGCUGACGAAGAUAUUACAGGAAAAAGAAAAUCUAUUAAAAUCUCAAACUGAUAAGAAUGAAUCUGAUGUGAGCCGAAUCAAAGCUUUGGAUGAAGAGAUAAUGUUGUUAAAACAGGUACUUGCAACCCAAAAUACAACGCUAGAAGAUAAGGAAAUGGAGUUAAAGAAACUAAAUGAAGUAUUACAAAGUGGUGCUAGCGAAACUCAGCAGAAAGUAAAGUUACUUGAAGACGAAAUCAAACAAUUAAGUGAUAAAUACAAAACUGAGACUGAGACACUGAAUAAAACUUGUAAAACACUUCAGACAGAAAUAGUGGAAAAGGAUAAACAGCUUCAAGAGUUACAACAGAAUAAAGAAAAGGUUAUAGAACUGCAAGCCCUUAUAGCCAAAUCAGAAAGUGAUAUUAAACAAUUGACAAAUAUAAACGAAGGACAGAAAACUAAUUAUGAAGACCUAAACAAACAACUACAGCAACAAUUCGACGAAUAUAAGAAAGAAAGUAAGAAAUCUAGACACGAUCUUAAAGACAGGCUGAGAGAAUAUGAGAAACAGCUGCAAGAAUCCAAAGACAAUGUUACAUCUGAAAUCAAUAAGCAAAAUGAACUUCAGCAAAAAUUAGUAGAAGCAGAUAAGAAUAUAGUAGAGUUAACCAAUAAGUUGGAGCUUUCAACCGUGCAACACAGCACCAACGCACAAAAAGAUGACCAAUUAGAAAAACUGACUCUUGAAAUGCAGGCAUUGAGGAAGUCCAGUUCAGAAGCACUGGCUAACAGUGAAGCUGCGUUGAAUAAGUUAAAAUCUGAAAUUAAUAAUAAAAUCAGUGAUUUGAAGCAGAGAGAUGAUAUGAUUGCCAAAUUACAGGAAGAAGUUAAAAAACAAAAAGCGAGAGUUGAAAUAGCUGAACGAGAAAAGGUGCUAAUACAAAAAGAGAUGGCGUCGAUGCCUAAAGACGGCGUUAUCACAGACAAGAACGAUAACCGGGCCGGAGGCGACGACAACUCCCAAAAGACAUGUGCCUCGGAGACGGAGGGGCAGGUGUCGUUCCUGAACUCGGUGAUCGUGGACAUGCAGCGCAAGAACGAGCAGCUGCUGGCGCGAGUGCAGGCGCUGGAGGCCGGCCCGGUGACCGCCGAGCCUGCGCUCUUCAACGGUCGCAAACCUAAGGCGGUGGCGCCCCGCCUGUUCUGCGACAUCUGCGACGUGUUCGACGCCCACGACACGGAGGACUGUCCGCGCCAGGCCGCCGCGCCCGACGAGCCCAGUCGCAAGCCGCCGCCGCCGCCACGACCCUACUGCGACAUUUGUGAAGUAUUCGGACACUCAACGGAGAACUGUGAUGAAGAGGAAACAUUCUAAUAACCUAUUUAAUAUUAACUUAGGCUAGACGUUACCUUUGUUAUUGUUAAUAAUUGUUCUUAGUUGAAUUAUUUAUUGUUUACCAAAUGGUACAUUGUUUGUUGUUUUUAACAUAGGCAUCUGUUUUGUAUUUGUAAAUAAGGUUUACUAAGUUUUCUAUUUUUAAGUCAAAGUAAUUGCAUGUUACAAUAUAAUGAUUCAUAUGAAAAUCAUCUGGGUUUAAUGUGAAACAAAUUAUUUUUGUGAUUUAUAAACCCCAAACUUCAUGUUAAAGCCAGAUGAAAAUAUACACUGGGUGAUUGGGAUUAAUUCUCAUUUGCGUUAUCUAGGUAUAAUGCAUAUUGAGAAUGAAUUAAUAUGUGCACAUUUUAAUCAAUUUUAAUUAAAAAAUCAUGAUUUUACAAUAAUCUCUGAUGGAUAUUGCCUGUGUAACAUUAGGUACUUUUCCUAUUUUAUCAAUGCAAAAAUUAUGAAUGAACACCAAGAUAAAUUUUAUAAGCAAUAAAAGUAUUUCAAUAUCUG